AUGACUCUUUUACCCACAUCGCCGACGAAGCGACAAACAAAGUCAACCGCUCGACGAUGUCUUUUCGGAAAACCCGAUCCAAAACAGACAAAUCGCUGGCUAGAGGAACGUUUAAACGAGAUUCGACAAGAAAAAGAAGCCAAAUGGGGAUUCGACUUUGAGAGGGAGAUCCUACUUCCGUCAUCCUCCACCACCGAAUAUCAAAUCGUGGCCGUCGAUCCGGCUACUGUGCCCAAUUUCUACCAUUGCAAGGUGAUCACGCGAAACGUGAAGCCCGUUGAGCCCGGAACACCGGACACGUCACCAGCUGAAUCUGAAGAGUCAGACUCCUCCUUUAUGGACACAUCUGAUUGCUCAAGCCUUGCCUCGCCUCUUCCCAUCAAGAAACGAAGUGUAAAGACGCCGAAGAGACUUCGGAACAAGCAAAAGAGCAAGAUUACAGAUUAUCUCCGAGUGAAGAAACCGUUGCGGCGAGUCGCUGGGAAGAAUGAUUUGAGUGAUUCGAGAGCUCCUCAACUUCUUUCAAUCGCAUCCACGUCGGCUCAAUCA